CCGUUUUGUGCUUCCUGUUUCCCUGCUUCAUCAGCACGCAGAGAACUCUUCCUUCUUCUUCUUCUUCUUCGAUCUCAUAUUCUCUUCAAUCGAUUGGUUCGUAUCCAAUCAAUCGAUUAAAAUAGCCAUGAGUUUCUGCAAAUGGGUUUCUUUUGUUUUGAUCAUCGACUUGCUCAACUCUUGUCAGAUUUCAUCUUCAUCUCCCUUAACCUCAAAUGGGUUCUCUCAAAUCCCUCGAAAUUUUCUUGCUUUAGCUAAAAGAGAAGAUUUUUUCGACUGGAUGGUUGGGAUCAGAAGAAAAAUCCAUGAGAAUCCGGAGUUAGGUUACGAGGAAGUAGAGACAUCUAGGCUCGUUAGGACAGAGCUGGAGAAGAUGGGAGUGUCUUACAAGUACCCAGUUGCUCUAACCGGUGUUAUUGGUUAUGUCGGAACUGGUCAAGCCCCUUUUGUUGCCUUGAGAGCAGACAUGGACGCACUUGCUAUGCAGGAGAUGGUGGAAUGGGAGCACAAGAGUAAGGUUCCUGGGAAGAUGCACGCUUGUGGGCAUGACGCUCACACUACAAUGCUCCUCGGCGCUGCAAAGUUGCUCAAAGAACACCAAGAUGAGCUACAGGGUACAGUGAUUCUAGUUUUUCAACCAGCUGAGGAAGGAGGAGGAGGUGCAAAGAAGAUUGUUGAAGCUGGAGUAUUGGAAGAUGUGAGUGCAAUCUUUGGGUUACAUGUUACAAAUCAACUGAGUUUAGGUCAAGUGAGCUCAAGAGAAGGUCCAUUGUUGGCUGGUAGUGGCUUUUUCGAAGCUAAGAUUAGCGGGAAAGGUGGUCACGCAGCUCUUCCUCAGCACGCCAUAGAUCCGAUUCUGGCAGCUUCCAACGUUAUUGUUAGCUUACAACACCUCGUUUCACGAGAGGCAGAUCCUUUAGACUCUCAGGUAGUUACAGUUGCUAAAUUUGAAGGCGGUGGUGCUUUUAAUGUGAUACCAGACUCGGUUACUAUCGGUGGUACAUUCCGAGCCUUUUCAACCAAAAGCUUUACGCAACUCAAGAAAAGAAUUGAGCAGGUUAUCACAAGGCAAGCAAGCGUGCAUAUGUGCAAUGCAACAGUGGAUUUCCUUAAAGAGGAGAAACCAUUCUUCCCACCGACUGUUAACAACAAAGACUUGCACAUGUUCUUCAAGAACGUCUCAGGUGACAUGUUAGGGACUGAGAACUACGUCGAGAUGCAACCAUUGAUGGGAUCAGAGGAUUUCUCUUUCUACCAAGAAGCAAUGCCUGGACACUUUAGCUUUGUCGGUAUGCUAGAUGAAGCUCAUUCAACAAUGGCGAGCCCUCACUCGCCUUAUUUCGAGGUCAAUGAAGAUUUACUACCUUAUGGUGCUUCCCUUCAUGCCUCCAUGGCCACAAGAUAUCUUCUUGACUUGAAAACUUCAUCGCCUAAUAAGAGUUACCAAAAAGAUGAACUUUGAUGCCAUUAUUGGCUCUAUGUUCUCUUUAUCUCCCCUACUCGUCGAAAUGUCAUUUUUUUUUUCUUACAGAGGCUUCCAUGUAAAGAUCAAUAAAGUGCUAUAUACAAUGUCCAUCUGAUGGGGGAUAUAUAACAAGCUAGUGAUUGGACCGUUGUAAUGAGAGAGUUUUAUUGUGAUGGAAACUUAUGUUUCUAAGCGUGGGAGUAUUAAUUGUAUAAACAGUUUUCACCGUUCAUAAUGUGAAACUAAAAGCUGAAACCGUCA